GUUUAUGCAUUAUAUAACUAUUCUCUCUAUAUCUGUUAAAUUAUAACACUUCUCUUUUUCAUUCCUUUCUCUCACUUGCAUCUCUUUUUAAUUCGAAAAAGGACCCAAAAUUAUUGUAUUAAUCUUCCAUUUAAACUAAUUUAUUUUAUUAUUCUUUUUUCCACUAACAAUUAUCUCCUACCGAUUAUCUCCUCAUUAGUCCAAACUUGACAAUUUUUUUCAAUUUAUGCUUUAAUUCGCUAAGCAAAUGUUGCAAUUAAUACAAAAUCGACCAAAAAUAUCAUAAUCUAAUCAAAAUAUCACGAGCUAAAACCCCAUACCCGAAAAAAAAAAAAAAAAAAAAAAAAAGCUCACCCUCUCCCCAAAAACACAAAGAACCUCUUUCUCUCUCCUCCCAAACACACACUCUCUCUAUUCCACUUUCUCUCUCUAACUCUACUUUUCCGGCGACUAUUUUUCCGGCGCCUGACUUUCGACGCUUAUUCUUCUGGGUAAACUUCUUUCUCAGCUAAAUCUUCAUUUUCUCUCUCUUCUUCUUCGUCUUCUUCAGUUCAACUUCUCUGUAAAUUUACUCAGAUCUGCAACUCUCAAAUUUUCCGGCGAUUUUCUCUCUCUUCUUUCAUUAUUCUUAACCUCCGACGGAAUCUCCGGCGAGCUUAAUCUUAGCUCCGUUGGAAUAUUCGUGGAAUCUUCUGGAAUUCGAGUUUUGGGCGUUUUCCGAUAAUCUAUCAUAAUCGUCCUAACCCUAGCUCCUCGCUAACAAUUUAUUUAUUUGCUUAAUCGGAAUCUUUUCUUCCAGGUAAUUGUUGCACCUAGGAUAUGUCAAAUCCCAAAGGGCCUGCAAAUUUCAGAAACCUGAUGCAGAAUGGGAAGAACUCUCUACUUCCCCCUAAAUGUCCAUUUCCCAGCAUAACCUCAUCUUACUCUGAUUAUGGACCCAAUACCAGUUUGGGUUCAAAACCUACCUCAAAGUGCAGAGAUGGAAAUGCUUAUCAUCAAAGAACUUCGUCAGAGAGCCUUUUAGAUGAGCAGCCUUCUUGGUUGGAUGAUCUUUUGAAUGAGCCAGAGACCCCUGUACGCAAAGGUCAUCGUCGUUCAUCAAGUGAUUCUUUUGCUUAUUGUGAUGCUGGCAGUAUGCCCAGCAUGGAUUAUAUGGCACCAAUGACGGUGUCACAUGAUGAAAACAUCCAAAGCAAGUUCAGACCUAUGGUAUCUGCUCCAUUAUGGGGAUCACAAAACUUUGAUCAUAGCAAAGAAACUCCUCAAGGGUCACUCUAUCAUGACCUUAACUUUUAUGGGAAACGUAAGAACAAGGCAAUGGAAAUGAAAUUGGCUCCUGCAAAUCAUGCCAGUGGCUUGCGUUUAUCAAGGGAUAACGCCGUUACCCAAAGUGUAGGAGGGUCUGCUGCUCCACUUGAAGCAGAUCCAGUUCCAGCUGAGAAGCAAGACCAAAGUGACUCUGGUUCUCAUGAUCUCAGAACUUCUUUUGAAAAGAAAGAUGGUUCCCAUGCCAAAACUCCAUCUGAAAAUGAUACUAAACGUGCUAAGCAGCAAUUUGCUCAACGUUCGAGGGUUCGGAAGCUUCAGUACAUAGCUGAGCUGGAAAAUAAUGUACAGGCAUUACAGGCAGAGGGGUCUGAAGUUUCAGCAGAGCUUGAGUUUCUCAAUCAACAGAAUCUAAUCCUAAGCAUGGAGAAUAAAGCUCUUAAGCAACGUUUGGAAAGCUUGGCCCAGGAGAAGCUCAUCAAAUACCUGGAGCAUGAAGUUUUGGAAAGAGAAAUAGGCCGUCUUCGGGCUUUGUACCAACAGCAGCAGCAGCAGCCACACCAGCCACUUCAGCGGCCGUCAUCUAGCCACAGACGUACAAAUAGCAGAGAUCUUGAUUCGCAGUUUGCAAAUCUCAAUUUAAAGCAUAAGGAGUCUAGUUCAGGGCCUGACUCCUUCAGUGGUCCAGUUGGUAUUUGAACCUUGGGAUUGUCAGAGGAAUUUAUAUGUGCUUUGUGUCCUUCAAUCACUGAUGCCAAGCUUGUUUAGCUGUCAUUUCUGCUGCAGGAUCGGUCCCUUUUGACGUCAAGGUGGCCCGCAGCUCAGAUAACCUAAUUUCUUCUUUCAGUUUUCAUUUUCAUUGAAUUAUUAUUGUUUUGUGCACCUGGUGGCCAUCACUGGAAUGGAAGGAAAUUCUUUUUCCCAGGGAUGUCUUGCCUGAGGUGGUUAAGGGGAGGGUAUUUGUCUCGUGUGAUGUAGCAAUCACUAAUUUAAGAAUUUGUUUAUCCCAUUGUUUUUGCCUUUUGCGCAUAGCAAUUGUCAGAUGUAGAACCUUGCAGAAAAGCAGGAGUGGAUAUGGGAAUGUUACCUGUAAGAGUAUGUAUUGCAGGUUACUUGUAAUGCAUCAUUGGUGAAACAGCUCUAUAAUGACUAAUGAGCAUUUUUACUGACAAUUCAUCCUUGUUAUUUAGAUGUAAAUUGUUUAAUGUGCAGUUAAAGUAGUUCUUGUUUGA